AUGGCUCUGAGACUGCAAACAAAACUCGCCCCCCACUUCACCUACUGCGCGAUCCUGACCAAGAUCGAGCCCAAGCGGACGUACUCGCUCGACAACUUCGCCCUGCUCCUCGACGCGCUCUACCCGCCGCCCGAGGGCGUCAUUGUCGGCGGCGGGUUUAGUGAUGAGGAGGCAGAGCAGAUGCGCAGGGUGGUCGAGGAGCGCGGCGUCACGGACGAGAAUGGCACGCCGGUCAGGUUUGUCAGGGUCCCGGGGGGCACGUUGGAGAGGGGAGGGCCGGAGGCGUUGGUCGAGACGAUUAGACAGUUGCUCGGGGAGGCGUUUGGCGUUGAGUGGUGA